AUGUUAUGGAACGUCGCCGCCUUCAGUUUCCUGUCAGCCGGCUUGGCCAAGCCGACAAAUCCCUACCAGUCCAACACGGCCUGGGAUUUUACCAUUUCUCACGACAAAAAUGGACGCUCUGCGGGAACAAACUCGAUAAUUUCAAACUAUAAGCUGCGCGGAAAGACUGUCGAUCCGUCCGUACUUGGUGUGGACGCUGUCCAGCAGUACGCGGGCUACUUAGACGACAAUGACAAAAACAAGCAUUUGUUCUACUGGUUCUUUGAGUCGCGGAGCGACCCCUCCAAUGAUCCCUUCAUUCUUUGGCUCCAAGGCGGCCCCGGCUGCUCCGGCAUGUCCGGCCUCUUCUUCGAGAACGGCCCUGCCAAAAUCACCGAAAAUCUGACCAUCGUCCGCAACCCCGACUCGUGGAACGGCAAGGCCAACGUUCUGUACAUUGACCAACCUGUCAACACAGGCUUCUCGUACGGCGACGCUGUCAACACAACGCUCGCCGCCGGCAAGGACGUGCACGCCCUGCUCACCCUCUUCUUCCAGCAGUUCCCGCAGUACGCGAAACUCGACUUCCACAUCGCGGGGGAGUCGUACGCCGGCCACUACAUCCCCACAGACGCUGCUGAAAUCCUGUCGCAUGCCGACAGCGGCAUCAACCUCAAGAGCAUCAUGAUCGGCAACGGAUACGUCGACCCGUACCAUCAGGUGCCGGAGUACCCCGACAUGGCAUGUGGCAAGGGCGGGCUUCCUGCCGUCUUCAACAGUACCACAUGCGAGGCGAUGAGGCGAGCAGUGCCAAAGUGUCAGGCCAUGAUCAAGCAGUGCUAUGACCACCACGACGUGGCCCAGUGCAUCCAGACAUCGCAGCAGUGCACCGCCGUCGGUGGCCCAUACGAGCUCAACCCGUACGACAUGCGUAAGCAGUGCGUGGGCGACCUCACCAACAUGUGCUACGAAGGCGUCGACUACGUGACGCGGUACCUGAACCAACCAGCAGUGAGGGCCGCGCUCGGCGUCGAGGUCCAGAGCUGGACGGCAUGCAGCGACAGCAUGGACAAGGCUUUCCACGCAGCGGGCGACGACAUCCAGCCGGUGCACCGCCACGUCGAGGCCAUCCUGGAAAGGAGAGUGCCGGUGCUGAUCUACGCGGGCGACGUCGACUACAUCCUCAACUGGCUCGGCCAGCGGGCAUGGACCAACGCGCUGCGGUGGUCCGGGCGCGGGGCGUUUCACCGGGCGGCGACGCGGAACUUGACAUUGGGUUCGUCGGGUGGGGUGUCGGCGUAUGGAACGUUGAAGCAUGCCAGGGGAUUGGCUUUUGCGCGGAUCUUCAAGGCCGAUCACUUGGUGCCGAUGGACCAGCCGAAGCCGAUUCUCGAUCUUGUCAAUCGAUGGGUGAGCGGCGAGUUUCAGAGGUGA